AGAAUCAUGGAUACCCAAUCCCACCGCAUGAGCCUUCUUGUCGACAUGGAUAUGAACAGCCUGGCCAUGACUCUAACGGCCAUCAUCUUGCCUGUGCUCACCCUCUUCUACAUUCGCAACGACUACAACGACUGGCUGAGCCUGGGACCGGGAGGCACUCCGUCAACACCCUUUGGUUACGCAAAGAUCAAAUUGCUCUCUCUCAUCUGUCUACGAGAUCCACUAAGGCCGCUCUCCGUGCCCCCACACUUUCGACCGCAGAAGGGAUACCUAUCGUCCCUCCCUGCGCGAGCCGGAAAACGGCCACUGGUACAAGGCAUAGCGCCGCAGCGACAACGAACAGAGAAGUCCUCGUCGGACGUGUAUAGGAGCCUGGUCGGGAGCAUGCGUCGGUUGAUCGAGGACCCCGCAAACGCUCUGCUGGAGCGUACAAGCUGUUUCGAGAAGAACAGCUCCGGCCUGUUCUCCAGCGAGCCCAUCACGCGUACCUGCGGUGGGGAAGUGUGCCAUGCGCACCCCUCCGACGGCUCCAUGCACAUGACGUUGCACCCCGCUGACGCUAACGUUGUCCUGGAGAACGGCUGGGGCGAGCGUCACCCGCUAGCGAGGGGAGGCUGGUGCAGAAAGUUUGUUCCCCGGGAGUUCAUGUUGAUUUAUGCCCCCCGGGACCUUGAAGAGGUCGAGCAUGCCGUGGAAAUCAUUUCGGCCGCAGUGUGGUGGGUCGCGGGCAUUGACGUGAAGAAGGUCGGCUCUGAGAAGCGGGAUUCUGAUACGCGCGUACAAGAGUAUGUGGAAGCACAGAGCGCUUGUACAGCCUGCAGAACACAUGCUUGUGGGUCCAAGGCUGUGGAAAAGAUGACUGGAUACACGUGA